GGAGGAGCUGUGGUUUGCUGCAGCCUCUCUGGAGCUGAAGAGAGCGAUCCCUCUUUUUCUCCUUCAGUGGCAUGAAUAGCAUCCCCAGUGCUGGAGAGAGAGCAUAUCAGGAGGCAAACGACGAGGGGAGAGAGAUAGCAGGCGGUGUGACAGAUAAGAGUGUGGCAGAACUUGCCUUCCUGACUGCACCGUGGGUCGGGGAAAGAGAGAGCAAGUGGACUUGAGUGUCAGCCUGCAGCCUGCACCAUAAUCACUCACUCACAGUCACAGAAACAGUCAUUCCCCAGAGCCCGGCUGCAGCAGAACUUCAGAGAGACGACUGACCUCAAAAAGGGAUGAUGGGAGAGCUGUCAGUGAAAGAUAAGGAGCUGAUACGAGGCAGCUGGGAGAGCCUGGGCAAGAACAAAGUUCCUCAUGGUGUCAUCAUGUUCUCAAGAUUGUUUGAGCUGGACCCUGCGCUGCUCAACCUUUUCCACUACAGCACAAACUGUGAUUCCAAACAAGACUGUCUCUCCAGCCCCGAGUUCCUGGACCAUGUCACCAAGGUGAUGCUGGUGAUUGAUGCAGCAGUGAGCCACCUGGAUGAUCUCCACUCUUUGGAGGACUUUCUGCUUAAUCUUGGGAGGAAGCAUCAGGCAGUGGGAGUCAGCACACAGUCAUUUACUGUGGUAGGAGAGUCACUUCUCUACAUGCUGCAGUGCAGUCUUGGCCAGGCGUACACGGCGCCGCUGCGCCAAGCCUGGCUCAACAUGUACACCAUCGUGGUAGCGGUAAUGAGCCGAGGAUGGUCCAAGAACGGCGAGGACAAGGCCGACUGAGGCGCACAGCGGGAGCUGCUGAGCAGUUGCUGUCAAACCAUCAACACGGUUGCCAUGGAACAAGGUUGUGUAACUGUGCAGCAUCGUGUCUUUGGCUGCUGUACAUGUGCUCUGUGAGCUGGUUUGUAUAACAUGGCAAAUGUAUGGUGUAGUUACACUUUAAAAUUAGACCGACCGAUUGCAGAGUUUAUUUUCUUUGCUGUGGAUGUUUAGCUUCCAGUCGACGCUGAUGUACAGCUGUGAGAAUCAGACGGCGUGGGUCCUUUAAGUCUGGACCUGAAAGCUGAGAGCAUUGAAGAUCACUGUAAGUUUCUUUGUAUAUACUGGCUUUGAUAUAUUUACUAAAUAACAGUGACUAUAGUGGUCUUUAUGUUGUAUCUUAAGAGAGUUGCACACAUGUGAAAUAUAUAUAUAUAUAAAUAUAAAUAUAAUAUUAUAUCUAGACAUCGCACACUAUUCAAACUGUGACUGUUACUGUGGCCAGCGAAGGCAGCUCUGUAUCCAUCUGGAACACAGUGAUACUUAAAAUGUGAUUUUACAGGAGAAAAUCAGAUCACUUUAGUCAUAACUCUGUGUAUAUGUGUGUCUCCUGGAUUUUUUUUAGUUUUUAUUACACAUGGCCAUUUUGUUAUAUGAUGUUUUAUCUGAGUUUAUAGCAACUAAAGCGAAUCAAGUUUACUAAAUGUUUAUCAGUGGCUACGGACAAGAACUGUUAACUUUACUCAAAGCUUUCUUCAGUGAUCAAUGACUGUUAGGGUGUUGGUUCACACCUUACUCAACGUAGUUUUUGAUGCUCUCCUCAGAUCGAGGUUUUGAGUGUUUCAGUAGACGUCUGAUGACUGUUAAACCCUACAUUUUAGACUGUUAUGUGAACUUUAGUGUUUAGUAAAGGACAUGUUGGAGCAAUUUCAACAUCUUUGUUUCUUUGCUGUUUUUAUUAAGUAUAAAGGUAUUUAUUACAGUUGCUUUUCUUACUAGUGCUUAUUAAUUGCAUUGUUGUCACACCAAAUGAAGAAUUAUCAUAUUACUCCAAUGUAAGUUUUCUCUAUGGAAGUGAGACUUAACUAGGCAUGGGUUUGUAUGAGAUCUUCAUACAUUUAUUAAAAGAGAACAACUCACAAAGAUGUGUUACAUGAUCAAAAUGCGACAUAUUUACACAUUUUUUGUUGAUAAAAUAGUCUAACAUACUGAUCAUUAAAGCUAAGACAUUACUUUAUUGGUUUUUUUGUAUCUCCAGAUCCAAGUAGAAAUAUAAAGUCAACAUCUGCUAAAUUCUUAAACACCAUUACCUUUAUAGGAGUGAGGGGUCGUGCUCUUUAGCUCCCAAAAGUGGGUUUGGACCCAUAUGAAAUUCUCAUAGUUUGAUAAAGUAAUAAUAGCACGACUGCACCUUAAAAUCAUAUAAUUUUAAAUAAAAUCAGAUAGCAUGAUCUCCUCAAAUUUCAGAUUUAGAUGUAGUUUGUUUCUGAUUGGAAAAGACAAGAGGCAUUUUCAAAAAAAGAUAAGACAUAAUAAAAAAUGUAUUAUUUAAAAAAUAUAUAUUCACAUUUUAAUAAAGAAAAUAGCUAGACUAACUUAUUGUCUUCAAUCUUUCUGGAAUUUUUAGUUCCUUCACAGAUUUUCUAUCCGAAACACAUCGAAACUCCAUUUAGAAGAAAGUUUUUCAAAGUUUAAAUCUGCCAGUGGUUUGAAUAAUACUGUGUGCUUACUGCACAUUGUCAUUCUGCUCUUUGUAGAAUAACACAUAUAUAACCAGCCAAUAACAUCUGGGUUAUUAUCAGCCAGCUGUUUAACACAACUCCCUUAAAUAACAGUGUUACAACAAUAAUAGAUGCCGUUCCUUCAGUUUUCACGACACAACCUAACUUUUUCCAAUCAGACAAUUUAGAGUUUUUGUAAGCCAAUAAAGAAAGUUGCAGUGAUCACAUUUCAGCCAACAGUGCAGAAAAAGAAGUGGAAGAGGGAUAAUACCACAUUAUUCAAUACUUGAAGUAUUUUAAACCUGAAGAACAGUACAACAGCAAAGUUUAGUGUUUUAGCACCAUAAUGUUCUCAAACUUUGGUACCUGUAACUAGAAAGACUUGGAAACAUUCAAAUUAGUCUGUGUCCUGAGCAACAGAAGCCCUUUAUCAGCCUGCUGACCAGCAGUGGACAGCAACAGGCUGCAGUACUCAGUGUGCCAUACAACCAGAAAAAACACAAGUCACUCUGGCUCUAAUUAAAGAAACAGCAUGACAGAAUAUUUUUAAACUUUAACUUUUUAAAACCUGAGCAUACCUUGAAAUUGGCAACCAGCCCAUGAGGAUUUUCAUCAGUUAGGAUGGAAAUUAUGAUAUUAUCACAGACCACAGUAAUACAAAUAAACUGUCUGCUCUCAGUUAUCCAACAUGUGCAUAUCACUGCAUUAUCAACUCUAACACUGUAUGUAUCACCCACAGCUGUUAUUUACCGUUACAAUAAGAAUGCCAAGCAUCCUAACAAGUGGGCCAAGUAUGAAAAAUACCACCAUUCAACUGUAAAUCCAAGCUGCUGACAUGUGGUUAUUAUUGCUUUAUAUUUAUAAAGUUUAUUUUUAUAUUAUCUGAAUUAUUAUGGUUUUGAAAGAGCAUUAUUUUUAUUCCCUCAGAAGGAAGGUCAUGCACUGUUUAUUCUUUUGAUAUUUUAUCUUUCGGUUUGUGGUUAAUGAUCCCUACACUAAUUGGUGGCAAAUUUACAAUUUUUAUUGUGGUUUCUCUAACUCAAAGUAACAAAAACAAAACAAAAAUGUGCAAUUAUUAUCGCAAACGGAGGGUUUCCAGUUGAACAGUCUAAACCAUACAUAGUCAGUUCAGUCUGUAUUUUCUCCAGCACAGUUGUAACGUGUAUAAGCUGGCUCUGAAGGUGUUGCAUUUAUAGUAAAUCUUUUCUUAGUAGGCCGUCUUUUUUUUCUUACCUUAAGCAUUUUUAGCCAACCUUACAGACAUGUCAACUGUUUUAUUAAGUUUAGUUAUGUGUAUAUAUUGGGUGUGUCACUGUCUACCUCAUCAUAAUCAGCUGCUAUUGAACUGUGAUGACUUCACCUAGUUAUCUUUUGACCAAAAACACACAUUGUUACUAUUAUCAGAGUUAAUAAAGGUACACACUCUUUGUAAAGUAAAUUCUAUCCUGAACUUUUCAGGAGGACAUGUUAUGUGUUUACUUACAACUAAAUAAAGUGAUCUGUGGGUA